AUGAGUACAAAGACAAAACUCAAAAUCGUGAGCCCUUGGUUCAUAUCCCAGCUUUGCCACCACCUAGAUAUGGGAAUCUGGAUGGUUUUUGUUAGAGGUUUGUUACCCCAUCUGUAAAGUGGAAUAAGCAAAGAGCAUUCAGCACAGUGCCUAGCUCAUAUAAGCCCCUAGUAAAAGCCGGACCAGACAGCUCUUAGCGUGCCUAUCUCGUGAUUGUUUCACGUAAGCUUUGAAAGAGAUAACUAUGAAGAUGCGUAAGGCACCAUGUGGAUAUAAACAAGGUGACAAGAGUAACAAUGGAUUGGACCAAAAGGAAGAUAAUUCACACAUACAUGAAAUGAAUAGCUUGUGGAAUGUAUUCCAUUCUCUCCUGGUUGCCAAGCACAAUCGGCCUUGUCCCCAAAUACGUUGAUAUGAUUCGUCUCUGCGUCAAGUACACCUUUGCCAAAUAAAUAAUUAUUAGAGUUUUUUAAAGGCUACGCCUGUUUUUUUAACAUCCAUAAAGCCCUUCGGGGUUCUGGAGCUUUAUAAUACUCGGGAGACGUUCCGGGAAUGUCUAGGAUGGCAACCACUCCGCAGCCACAGGAACAUUCCUAUUGGCCAGUUAGUUCCCGGGGAGCUGGACAGUGCCGCGAGAGGUGUGCCGCGAGAGCCGAGUGCCGCAGCUCGGCGCAUGUCCAGUCCGAACUCGAAGUGGUGGUCUAGCCCUCGACUCGGAUGCUCUGACGCAUUUUCCGGUUCGGACCCCCCCCCCCCUUCUUGCUGCCGGAAAUCCGGAGAAGAGCCGGAAGUCGGAAGAAGAACCAGUGGGGCAACCACGUGAGGGGCAGCGCAAACGUGGGGGUCAGUGGAGCGGAAGUUAUUGGAUUUAGCACAGCCGUAAAGUGCAGUUUGUCGGACCAUCUUCCGGUUAGCGACAACGGCCGGCUCGGAUGCCGGUGCCAUCCUUCCUGUAGACCGCAACUCGGACGGUCGGCGAUCCACGCUUCGCCUCAGCUCUCAUACCUGUCGGUGCCCCUUCACCAAGAUCAUGUUCAAGAAAUUUGACGAGAAGGAAAGUGUGUCCAACUGCAUCCAACUGAAAACUUCCGUUAUUAAGGGUAUUAAGAGCCAACUGACUGAGCAGUUUCCAGGUAUCGAACCGUGGCUUAAUCAAAUCAUGCCUAAGAAAGAUCCCGUCAAAAUAGUGAGAUGCCAUGAACACAUGGAAAUCCUUACAGUCAACGGAGAAUUACUGUUUUUCAGGCAGAGAAAAGGACCUUUUUAUCCAACGCUAAGAUUACUUCACAAAUACCCGUUUAUCCUGCCACACCAGCAGGUCGACAAAGGAGCCAUCAAAUUUGUGCUCAGUGGUGCAAAUAUCAUGUGUCCGGGUUUAACAUCUCCUGGAGCGAAGCUCUACACUGCUGCAGUAGAUACCAUCGUGGCGGUCAUGGCAGAAGGCAAAGAGCAUGCCCUGUGUGUCGGAGUCAUGAAGAUGGCUGCAGCAGACAUUGAGAAAAUCAACAAGGGGAUCGGCAUUGAGAAUAUCCAUUAUCUAAAUGACGGCCUGUGGCACAUGAAGACGUAUAAGUGAGCCUUAGACGCAAUACACUCGAGCUAAAUAUAAAUAUUGUGUUGUAUCUGUGUGUGUGUCUGUAUGUGACAUCAUGAAGACAAUACCUCUGUGGUUGUGCUGAAUAAAUUCAACUGAUACCUUUAAAAAACAAAGUCGGGUGUCGUAACCGCAAGAGAGCAGAAAUUGGGGAACAAGCAGCUUGCUGCACUUUGGAACCUGACAAAAAGUGGCCACACUCUGGCCCAGGGCAGUCUCCACAACCUCUCUGGGCUUCCUUAUUAGAAAAGUCGGAAGCAUCCAGAGUGGGUCUGACAUCAGAGUUUUCUACCAAGGUGCUCCUGACAAGAGCAGGCUUCGAGAUUUCCUCUUGCCUAUUUGCUAUCUCUCUCUCUCUCUCUCUCUCUCUCUCUCUCUCUCUCUCUCUCUCUCUCUCUCUCUCUCUCUCUCUCUCUCUUUCUCUCUUUUUCCUCCUCCCUCUUCUUGUGAAACAUUACCAGCAAUCCCCUUGAUUUCCUAAAAUUCUGAGCUUGGUAAGAGAACCAUUACUAGGGAACCCACUGAGUUCCAGGCACUGUGCUGAGGGCAUUGUAAGAACAGCCUUACUCCUCACCCUCAUGAGGAAGGUGCUGUUAACCUUUUACAGAUAGGGAAACAAACUCUUAAGAGGGCCCUGCCUUCCCAGGGUCACCCAGCUUCAGGUGGCAAAGCCUGUGUCUCCAACAUCCUGCAUUUUAUCUGGGCUUAUGUUCCCCCAUCCAAAAAAUUAAGGGGGGUUGGGCAUGACUCCAGUGAGCCUUCCCCACCCCGAUGCCCCUGCCCGUCUAGCUGAGCCUAGACUGAGCCCAUAGGCCUGUGUAACCAUGCUGACAGCCAUGCCCUC